GAUCCCUGCAUAGUAACAAUUCGUACAAAUUCGUAUAUUAAUAACAUGGUAGCCCCAAGAAAAGUGGCAUGCUUUAGAGGUGCUCGUAAUCUCGAGGAGGUACUGGGUGAUUUUGCAGGAAACACUUCUAAUGCAGUGGAAAAGUGCGCUGCGUUGGCUCGCGACAAACAUUACAUAAUGUUCGCGUUGGGGGAGAAUAGUGUGUGCCUAUCCGGAGCAGACGUUUAUAACAGAUACUAUAGCAGUGGUACUAAUAAUGCGAAAUGUAUAGACGGCAUUGGCAAGGGAGAUAGUAUGUUCGUGUAUUCCUUAGGUUAGUAGUGUUGCUUUAACUACAUCGUUUGAUCGUCUAAAAGCCAAUGCAGAACUAGAGCUGCUGCAAAAACACGCGACCACAAGUCUUUCAAAUAGAUCGAAACCGUGACUUCAGUGGUUACAAAAUUUUGAUUACUUUAAUAUGAUCUUACUACCAAUAAGAGAAAUGACUCUUGUUCAAUUGUCAUGCUUUUUCUUUGUUUUAUGGUCUAACUGUUUUUUACGGGGAGGUUUUGCCCUGAAGUCUAACCCCAGUUACCCUUUUUAGCAUCAUUUUUGUCUGACGGAAAACAAGAUACCCCUUAUUGACAAAUGGUGCCUCUUUCACAUACCUAGUCAUUUUGCGUCCCUUUUAACUGUCAUAAAUGCCAGUCUUAAAUAUAUGAAUAAAUCUCAUAAUUCAUUAGAGCGUUUUCUCUACUUUUAAUCAUUUUUUUUUCUCGUCUUAAUUUUUUGUUUUUUAAUUUCUUAUGCAGAUCGCUUGCCUGAUCUACAGCCAAUUGGAUGUUACAAUGGUGACAAAAACCAGGGCGCCUUACCGGUUAUUUACGCAAAUUUCAGUGGUCAGAUUAACUGGACACAAGUGGAGACAGUGCAACAGUGCGCACAAGUGGCCUUCAACAGAGGUUUCGAAUACUUCGCCGUUCAGGAUUAUGGAGAAUGCUACACUGGAGACGAUGCUUCGGAAAGAAAUACCAAAUAUGACAAGAGUGACGAUUGUGUGGAGACUGACAAAAAGUCAGGAUAUAAAGUGGGCAAAGAGAACACUUAUUUUGUUUAUCGGAUACACUAG